AUCUUCUCGAACUUUUCUGGAAUGAAUCCACUUUUCUAGGAAGAUGGAACAUUUUGGGAUAAUGUACCCUGGUUUUUCUCGGAAAACCCUAUGGUUCUUUAUGGAUCCUCUUAUGCAUUAUGUUCGAUAUCAAGGAAAGGCAAUUCUUGCAUCAAAAGGCACUUUUUUUGAAGAAGAAAUGGAAAUGCUACCUUAUCAAUUUCUGGCAAUAUUAUUUCUGUUUUUGGACUCAGCUGCGAAGAAUCCAUAUAAACCGAUUAGCAAACUCUUGCUUCGAUUUUAUGGGGUACCUUUCAAGUGUACCAAAAAUUUCUUUGUUAGUAAGGAAUCAAAUGCUGGAGAAUUCAUUUCUAAUAGAUACUCGAAUGAAAAAAUUCGAUACCAUAGUCCCCGCUACUCUCCUCAUAGGAUACUUAUCAAAAGCUCAAUUUUGUACUGGAUCGGGGCAUCCUAUUAGUAAACCCAUUUGGACAGAUUUAUCAGAUUGGGAUAUUCUUGAUCGAUUUGGUCGGAUAUGUAGAAAUCUUUUUCAUUAUCAUAGUGGAUCUUCGAAAAAAUGGACUUUGUAUCGACUAAAGUAUAUACUUCGACUUUCAUGCGCUAGAACUUUAGCUCGGAAACAUAAAAGCACGGUACGAACUUUUAUGCAACGAUUGGGUUCGGCAUUUUUAGAAGAAUUUUUUAUGGAAGAAGAGCAAGUUUUUUCUUUGAUGUUCACCAAAACAACUCUUUUUUCUUUCCGUGGAUCAAACACUGACCGUAUUUGGUAUUUGGAUAUUAUACGUAUCAAUGACCUGGUCAACCCUCUUAAUUAAUCAUUAGACGAAAUUAAGAAACAGGAAAGGGUUGAUAAAUGAUCAAGAAAAAACUUUUCUAUUUUUCAUUCUGAAAUGUUCUUUUUAUUAUAAUAAAGAGUACGUGAAUCAACUUACUAAUUAAAAAAAUUAGUAGAACUUCCUCUUUGGAAUAGAAAUUGGCUAUUUCUACAUAGGGAAAGUCGUGUGCAAUGAAAAAUGCAAGCACGAUUUGGGGAGGGAUUUUUCUCUAUUGUAACAAGGAAGAAUUAUCUACUCCAUCCGACUAGUUCCGGGUUCGAGUCCCGGGCAACCCAUAUAGAAAAGACUCAUCAAAGUUUUUAACUUUGACUCACUUCAUUUACAAAUACAAAAUUAUUGGUUUGGUUAAUUUAGUUAUAUGGAUAGCUAAUCUUUGGGCUGACUUGGUUGACAUUGGUAUAUAGUCUAUGUUAUACUGUUAAAUAACAAGCCUUCUAUUAUCUAUAUUCUAGUUAAUACGUGUGCUUGGGAGUCCUUGCAAUUUGAAUAAACCAAGAUCUUACCAUGACUGCAAUUUUAGAGAGACGCGAAAGUACAAGCCUGUGGGGUCGCUUCUGCAACUGGAUAACUAGCACUGAAAAUCGUCUUUACA